GGCGCGCUGCAGAGCGGCAGCAGCGCAGCAUCGAGCACCUCCUCUUCUCGGCCAUCGCGCAGCGCCCAAGUGGGGCACACUUUGUGCUGCGGCUGCGGCUGCCGCACCCCGGUUUGGGGCAGCUCGCUGGCAGUGCCCGCUUAUAGCCAUCCUGAGGACAAGGCGCCUUGAGCGCUGUCGUCGCCGGCGAGCGGCGUGGCAGGCACGCCGCGCGGCUACGCGUCUGAGCGGCUGUGAACUGCGCAGCUGCGACGCUGGCAACAGCACAGCAAGGCGCUCUCUCGACCGUGCCGGCUGCGGAUGCUCGCCGUCGAAGCUCGAGAGCGGUCAGCUGCGCUGCUUCUGCUUCUGCUCCUGCUUUUGCUGCGCUGGCUGCCCAUCGAGGGCCCCUUUGUGCGGCCAACUGCGCAAAGUGCUGACCCUGAGUCAGAACUUAGGCGCCCGCCGCUCUCAAGGUUGCUCUCCUCUGCACGCUCCGCGGAUCGCCGGACGCCGACGAGGUCAUCGUUGCUCCUCGGACGAGGACAAGGGCGAGAGAGGGGAGAAGGAAAGGAGGGCACCAUCGCACCGCGGCCGGCCAUCAGCGCAGCGUUCAGCGCGAACGAAAGGCGAGAAGAGGCAGCGCGGCCGGCCGGUGUUGGGCUCGCCUGCCCCGCUGCAAGGGCGUCUUAGCGAGCGGACGCGCCCCUGAGGAGACGUUGGGUGCUGAGCGCGCCAGCGCGCAGAAAGAGGCCUGGACCUCACCCCACACGAGAUGCCCGACAAGAGGCCGAGAGGGGGGCUGACAUGGCGAUGCUGCGCGACAGGCACAACGCUCGUCUCGGCGCCCGGCAAGGUCCUCGUAGCAGGCGGCUACUUGGUGCUAGACCCUGCGUACCCUGGCCUGGUGAUCGCGACCGACU